CGACGCGCGGGGUGGAGUCACGGGACCCCUUGGUGGUGCAGACGCUAAAGGGCGCCGUGCGGGGCACCACAUUCACCACAGCCACGGGCCGCCAAGUGGAUGCCUGGUACAACAUCCCUUACGCCAUGCCGCCCAUCGGUGACCUCCGGUUCCGCCACCCGCGUCCGAUCGACCGAUGGCACGGAGUGAAGAACACGACGACGCAGCCCAAGUCCUGCGUGCAGCUCCCCGACACCUUCUUCGGGGACUUCAAGGGCGCCACCAUGUGGAAUCCUAACACCGAGAUGAGCGAAGACUGCCUCUACAUCAACGUCGUGGUGCCGAAGCCGAGGCCGACCAACGCCGCCGUCAUGGUGUGGAUCUACGGAGGCGGCUUCUACUCCGGAACCUCCACCCUGGACGUCUACGACUACAAAACGCUGGCGGCCGAGCAGAACGUGAUCGUCGUGGCUCCCCAGUACCGCGUCGCCUCCCUCGGCUUCCUCUACAUGAUGACCGCCGACGCGCCCGGCAACGCGGGCCUCUUCGACCAGCAAAUGGCCCUCCAGUGGAUCCACGACAACAUCCGCUUCUUCGGCGGCAACCCGGACAACAUCACGCUCUUCGGCGAGUCCGCGGGCGCUGUCAGUAUAAGCAUGCACUUGCUGUCUCCUCUCUCGCGCAACCUGUUCAGCCAAGCGAUCAUGCAAUCCGGAGCGGCGACUGCGCCCUGGGCUGUCAUCAGUAAAGAAGAGAGCAUCCUAAGAGGCCUCCGCCUUGCCGAAGCCGUGGGCUGCCCCCACGACGCCAACAACCUGACCGCCGUCGUGGCCUGCCUCCGCCAGACUAACGCCUCCACGCUGGUGUACAAUGAGCCCUCCUCCGGGAUCUGCGACUUCCCCUUCGUGCCCAUCAUCGACGGCUCCUUCCUCGACGAACUUCCGGCCAAGUCCUUAAGAAAUGGCAACUUCAAGAAGACGAACAUCAUGAUGGGCAGCAAUACCGAGGAAGGCUACUGGUUCAUCAUGUACUUCCUCUCUUCCAUCUUCAGACGCGAGGACGACAUCAAAGUGACCCGGGCCGAGUUCGAGACAUCGGUGAGCGACCUCCACCCCUUCUUCAACGAGGUGGUCCGUCAGGCCAUCAUGUUCGAGUACACGGACUGGCUCGACCCCAACGACGGCGACAUGAACCGCAACGCCAUCGACAAGAUGGUUGGGGACUACCACUUCACCUGCAACGUCAACGAGUUCGCCUACCAGUACGCAGUCGCCGGCAACAACGUUUACUACUACUACUACACGCACAGGUCCUCGCAGAACAAGUGGCCGGAGUGGAUGGGAGUCCUUCACGGAGACGAAAUCGCCUACAUCUUCGGCAAGCCACUCAACAACUCGGUUCCUUACACGCAGGAGGAGCAGGAGCUGUCGCGGCGGAUGAUGACCUACUGGGCCAACUUCGCCAAGACUGGAAACCCCAGCGAGGGCAGCGACAAAGUGUGGACCAAAACACCCUGGCCCGUACACACUCCCACAGGCCGAGAGUACCUUACGUUGGCCACCAACUCGACAGCCACUGGCAGGGGACCCAGAAUCAAAAAAUGUGCCUUUUGGAAAAAUUUCAUCCCUAAACUCCUCAAACUCACAGCCAACAAGCCGAGGAAGGGACCUGAGCAGUGCCCCAGCAAGACAUCGGGCGUGGCACGGAUCGGCACGGGCGUAGGCGUGACGGCCUUCCUCACGCCCGUCCUGUUGGCGCUGGUGUACUCCCCGAUGACCCGGCCCUGAGGACCCCCCUGCCCCCCUCGCUCCACCUCACACUAACAACCACACAACUUGUACCAGCAGCCGUUCUUGACGAAGGCGGACUGUCGACAACAUCUUCAAGACGACGACGAAAUAACAACAUUGAGUUGCCGUUUUGCUGCCGUUUAGUAUGUUUCUGGGACGGCAACCCGGAGUGGCCGUGCCUGUAGAUGAAGUGCUAAUUAGUCAGAAGCUGAGCAUCUUAUAGGGAAGAUUCCGUAGCAGCGCGCUGAGAGUUUGGUUCAAUUACAGACAGAAUAACAAGAUCGAGCUGACACUUUAAAAAUAGAAGAAAAUAACGACGAAUCAUUUAUCAAUAAGACGCAUGAUAAAGGCGGUGGCUUUCGACGGAAGUGCGUACAUCUUGUGACAGGGAGUAGGUAACCGGUUAGUUUAAGUUGCUGGCUGCGAUAUGUUGCAUGCAGUUGCGUCUUAUUUCGGCGAGAUGACGUUCAUCGCCAAGUUUUGCUUAUACAAAGUCACGGAGGAAAGAAGUAAAGGGUAAAGAAGCUACAGGAAUUCCGUGAAUAGAUAUCUUAAAAAAAAGGUUUUGUCCGCAGACGACCCUGGGACAAAUGAAAGCAUGGCGACACAUGCGGGGAAACGAAACCUCUUGGCAACCUUACCUGUGCCACGCAGAGGGUCACCUUCUCACUAGCCCCCCGCGGAGGGUGGCAGUAAGGCCUUCUUUCCUUAGUCUCGCCUAGGGAAUGAUCGACCUUAUUGACAUUCCCCUCGAGUUGGACUUACCUAUUAACCCCGUUUCUCGACCUGACUUUCCGAGUAGUAAGUAUUGAAAUUUAAUCAGUAUAAAAGCGUUAUAAUAUUUGAUUUAGGAUAGACUGCAUUUUAUGCUACUUUCAUCAUAACUCUUACAUUCGGGCUCCUUCCUCUUGUGCUGCCCAGCGAGAUCACAAUAAACUGGGUUUUGUAGAAGCCCAGCCAAUCAACGCAUCGCUUAUGGACCACUUUUGGGAAAGAAAUACUGUAUUCAAAGUACGACAAAAGCAGAUGACAACAAUGCUAAUCAUGAUAUCUGGUUAGAGAAAAGACACAACAUACAUAUCUCUCCAAUAGUUCUAGAAUAUUUCCAGAUAACGUGCGCUACGCUGCUUCAUCACACAUAUUACCCUGAACACCUCGCUGGUGGAACAGGGACUGCCGCGCCGAAGGCAGGCCUCAGGGUCGCCCUCAGUAGCCAUCCGAUCGUGGCCUCUCCUGUCUGCCUGAUGCGAGAUACAGUUGGGAGAUCUCAAGAGACGAGGCUCGACCACUUAAGAUAUAGCCGGCUGAGACUAUAUCCCGCCAAAAUGGCUAUAUUCCAAUGUCUGUGGCGUAGGUUUGCCAAGGGGGAUCGAGAAGUAGCCGUUUUGGCGGGAAAUAGCCACGAUUUCCUCUCUACUGGUUCGUGUUAGCGCCCGUCUCUUCACUUGGUCCUCCGAGUGUAUUCUAGGCCUCUCAAGCAGCUAGCCGGGUCCUCACGCGCAUGGUUCGGGGCUCGGGGUCCUCUAUUAACGAACAGAGACACGAGCUCCUCUCCGCUUGCUCUCAUUCUAGCUUGUAACAGAAGACGAAGAAACAGUACUACUCUUCAACUCAGAUGCUGGCGUAAAUUGCACAUGAAACACACCCGUUGUUGACUUUUUUGUGUUUAAAUGGACAUUAUUAUCAUUCUAUCUAAUCUCUAAGACUGAUUAUUAUUAUGAUCCCACGAAGAUCAUGGUUUUGUCGUUGUAUUUGCUAAGAUAUUCUUCAUAAUCUCAGAUAAUCAUUGUCAUAUAAGAAACAGUUAUAAUCAUAGUUCAUCAUUGAUGCCGACGGCGACAUUAAUGUUUGAUUUAAUCUAGGAACCAUCCGGAGCCCUUUAGAACGACGUCACUUGUUGGCAACACAAGAUGAAAUAAAUUGACUAAAUGAAGAUUAAAUCACAAGUUUUUCACUCAUUUUUUCCAUCUAAGAAUCAAAAGCGGGGACUGAAAAUUGGCACAAAUAUUGCUAAUGUUUGUUAUAUAUAUCCUAAUUAUCCCUCGUUUUAUUGGGCUCCUGAGAUCUCUAAAAAAAAAUCAUACUUCUUGUUAGUUCAUAUGUACAUUUUUGAGAAUUUCAUAUUUGUUUCGUCCUUUAUAGAUAGAUUUACAAAAUAUUACUAAUUUAAGGAUAUCUCUACUAUCGAAUGUCUAUAGAAUACGGUAUAUUGUUACCUGCUACUUUGGUCCCUUCGUAUGCUUGUGAAUGUUACACUAUGUACAAACUUUAGCGAGGCGUCUAGUUGCAUUCAAUAUCUCUUUUUGUGUAAUACUUUUGGCAGGUUCAAACCAUUGUAGAUCAAAUAAAAAUCAAAGACAUGUACAGUGAAUAUGGUAUUCUGUAAACUUUAUGUGAG